CUAUUCUGCAUUUUUGGGUACGGGGGUGGUGGUUGCUGCUGACAGUUUGUGAGACACAACAGGUGAAAGGAUGGACACCUACAGCCAGGUGGUCGACAGGUUGCGGACGGUGUUUCGUUCAGGCGUCACGGUACCAGAGCAGUUCCGGCGAACGCAGCUGACCAAUCUCAUGUCCCUGGUCAAAGAGAACGAGGAGCAGAUUGUAAAGGCGCUGCACAAAGAUCUCGCCAAGCCAAAGUUUGAGGCCGUCCUGUCCGAGGUUCAUAUUUUGACCAAUGAGCUGCACUAUGCCCUCAAUAACCUCAGAAGCUGGAUGCAGCCGGAGUACGCCAGUAAGAACCUGGCUACAAAGCUGGAUGACUGUUUUAUACGGAGGGAACCAUUAGGAGUGGUUUUAAUCAUCGGGGCAUGGAACUACCCCCUGCAGCUGCUUCUCUUACCUUUGGUUGGAGCCAUUGCUGCAGGAAACUGUGUGGUCCUUAAGCCUUCAGAGGUCAGCGCAGCCACAGACAAUCUGAUGGCAGAGCUCAUCCCCAAAUAUCUGUCUCAGGACUGUUAUACGGUUGUAAGCGGUGGAGCAGAAGAGACUAAGGCACUGCUGCAGAAUCGCUUUGACCACAUCUUCUACACAGGUUCUCAGAAUGUGGCGCGCAGCAUCCUGCAGGCAGCCUCGGUCCACUUGACCCCUGUGACGUUGGAGCUGGGCGGCAAGUGUCCGUGCUACAUAGACAAAGGGUUGGACAUGACAUCUGCCGCCCGCCGCCUGGCAUGGGCCAAGUUCUUCAACGCCGGCCAGAGCUGCGUGGCACCGGACUACGUGCUGUGUUCAGAGGCCACCAGGGACGCCCUUCUGCCCGCUCUGCGUCAGGUCCUGGAGGAAUUCUACACCAAGGAGCCUCAGAAGUGUCCCGACGUGUCCCGCAUCGUGUCACAGAGACACUGGACUCGUCUGAUGGAACUGCUCAAGAAGUCCAGCGGGAAGAUUGUUCUGGGAGGAGAGAGCGACGAGGAGGACAAGUACAUAGCUCCCACAGUGUUGGUGGACGUGGCCGAAGACGACGCCCUAAUGAAGGAGGAGAUUUUCGGCCCCAUCCUGCCCAUCAUCGCUGUUGAGUCUGUUGAGCAAAGCAUCGAAUUCAUGAACCGCCAAGAGAAGCCACUGGCCCUCUACGUGUUCUCUAAUGAAUCCUCUGUGGUGAAAAAAGUGCUGGAAAACACCAGCAGUGGAGGAUUCUGCUCUAAUGAUGGGAUCAUCCACAUGACACUGCCAAGCUUGCCCUUUGGAGGUGUAGGUGCCAGCGGUUCGGGCAGUUAUCACGGCCACUGGGGCUUCGAGGCGUUCAGCCACAGGCGUUCGUGCAUGCUGCGAGGCUGGGCUUUAGAGAGACUGAACGGCCUGCGCUACCCACCAUACAGAGAAGACAAGCUGAGCUGGCUGCGCUGGAGCACCUCACCCAGCAGAUGCUCACUCAUGUGAAGGGAGAGACAGAGUGUGCGUGUGUGUGUGUAUAGAUGCAGGUUUUUAUACUUGUGUGCAUGAGUGUGAAUGUAGAAGCAGUAGCAUUAUUCAUUAUUUCUUUUUAAUGUUUUCAUCUUGCAGUUUAAUCUUCCUCCUGACACUGUGUUUCAUCUUGUUAUCACUGUUUAAAUCUUUUUAUCUACUGUGUAUUUUAGAAGAUAUCCUACUCUAUUUUCUCCUAACCGAGGUAAAAUUCCCACUUCUUUUUUUUCACUGGGUUUUGUGUUCACUUCUGAUCUCAUGUUCACUUUUGAUCUCAUGUUCACUUUUGAUCUCAUGUUCUCAGCCAUGAGUCAGCCUAAACUUUAACAGCGCAGGUUUAUUUUAUUAAUAAACUAUAAAUAAACUUUAUAAACUCACUUAAAUAUCUAAAAUACAAAGAUGCCAAGUACUGCUUAUUUUAAUCCUCUAUGCACUACAAACAUGUGUUGAUAAGUGUUAAAGUGUUUUUAACAACCUCAUAUGAUCCUUGUGAAUCUUUUUGUUGUCUUGAUCAAAUUAUUUUGUCGUGAUUUUUGACUUUUGGUUUUUUAACUCUUCAUAAAACACUGUAAAUAAAUGAGAAAUGAUUCUU